AUCUUACAUUUUCCUUUUACAGCUAAUUAAUUUUUCAAAACUCUCUUUUAUGCAUUUCAGCGUUCCAAUUUAUCUCCAUGUGUGUGCGCUUUCACAAUUUCUUCGAUCUGUUUUCUGUUUUUGUUGUUUACAUCGAUGGGUGGAUGGAUCGAUCGUAAGAACAGUUCCCUCGCUCGGCACCUUCUCUUCAUCACUCUUGCUUCAUUAUUCGGGUUUUGAUACUUGAUUUAUGAAUGCUGCUGUGCUGUGAAUUAGUUUUCAGAGUAGAUGUUUCCCCUGAUUGUGUAUGGAUGAAGUGAUAUAAAUAAAUAUGAUCCUUUUUUAUACCCCUUUUACUCUCUUUUCCUUUCUCUCGAUGGCUCUGCUUUGUAUCAGUUCUGUAUUGGAUAAUUUGGGAUCUGCUUUUAUUUAUGUUCUUUAUGGGUAAUUAAUUGCGUUUGAUUUCUGACCGAUACUCAAUGCGUGCAGUGAUAUGGUCGUCUCCGUUUUUGCUCUUUUGGUGUUUUUUUUUUAUUUCUCAUGAUUUAUUAGGCAAUAUGCAUAUGCUGAAGUCUCAAUUUGUUUCUUCUUUAAUUUAAUUUCCUCUUGUGUGAUGAUGUCUGCUUGUUAGCGUCUACCUGUUGUGAGAUGGAUUGGGGUGACUAAAGAGGCAACAAAAUCGAAAGGUCAGGGCUAGAUAAGGACUGGCAACCAAAUUUCUGAUAAGGGUUCUUUAAUGGCCUUUGAGCACUGCGUUUCGCAGCAAUGGAAAACCAUCCCUAGCCCCGUGACUUUGACAGAAAAUUUUGAUGGGUGUUUUGAUUGCAACAUCUGCUUAGAUUUUGCGCAUGAACCAAUUGUUACCCUUUGUGGUCACCUAUACUGCUGGCCUUGCAUCUACAAGUGGCUCCAUGUCCAAAGUGCAUCUCUUGCACCUGAUGAGCACCCACAAUGCCCUGUUUGCAAGGAAGAUAUAUGCCACACCACAAUGGUUCCUCUCUAUGGCCGUGGCCAGGCCAUAGCUCCUAGUGACCGUGAUGUGAAGGCUUCCUAUAGAGGUGUUUUCAUCCCACCAAGACCACCUGCUUUGGGUACUCAAUCUCUCAUGCCAACAUCAUCUCAAAGUGGCCAGCAACUUCCAUAUCGCAAUCCGUAUCAGAGUCAGCAUUUCAAUCCUCCUUUAUACCAAGAAGAGGAUGAAUCAUCAACACAAAUGCUUCUCAGUCCUGGUGCCAUGGCACCAGGGUUCCCCCACCUUGUGGUUGGGAUGUUUGGAGAGAUGUUUUAUACCCGAGUCUUUGGCAACUCAGAAAAUGUAUACACUUACCCAAAUUCUUAUCACCUGGCAGGAAGUAACAGCCCCAGGUUGAGAAGGCAAGAGAUCCAGGCAGACAAAUCACUGAACAGAAUUUCUAUUUUUCUCUUCUGUUGCUUCCUUCUGUGUCUCAUCGUCUUCUAAGCAAGUAAUUGGAUUGUUCUGUAUUUCUCCGUUGUAUAAUUUGUAAAGAAGAACGGGUUCAAAAGAACGAGAUAGAUUGAGUAAUUGUAUUUUAGGUUAAAAGAACUGAUGUUCUUCAACAUUUACUACAAUAUAUUAGAGCUCCAUUUUAAGGAAA